AUGUCUCCCAACAACAACAGCGACAAUGAAGAUGUUGAUCUUCUCAAGAUUGUGGAAUGGAGGUUGCAGCAAGGCAGUGCGGAAAACUGCCAAGAAGAGGAAGAAACAUCCGCUGCCUCCGAUACCGCUCCCUCAAGCUAUUCUGCUUCUACUCCUCCUACUUGCAGUAGUCCUACUGCCACUGUUGCUGCCCUUGCUCCUCCUCUUCCUCCAACCACCACGUGUGGCUCUGAGAGUAUGAAAAUUGUCAGAGAAAGAACUCUUGACGCUGCUGCUGCAUGCCAUGAGUCAGCUGGGGACUUGGAGCUGGUAGAAGUUGCCGAAAAGGAGAGCGACAACCACCACCACGACAGAACCAUUCUAAGAAGACAACCUGGACAUUCUUGUAGACAACUACAAUGGAUACCUGGAGCCUAUGCCAUUGAUGGUCCUUUUCUUGCUAAUAAUGACACGGAGGAGAAUCAUCAUCCAAAUACUGGUGUGUCAAGUGACGACGACGAAGACCUGGACAAUUGGGAUCAAGAACAGACUGAGGAUAUCAUUGCCAAUCCUAUUGAUGAUGAUCAGCAGAUAGGCCUGUUACCCAAUGCAGAUCCCAUAAUACCAACCAACCAGAGAGCAAGAAAGAAACAUUGGAGGAAAAUGCUGCUUUGUUCACUCUCAGUCGAGAUUAAUGUGGCUCUUCUUGUUGUAUCAGUUGUUCUUGUGAUAUUCUUGGUUGUGUCCAGAGAACAAGGAAACAACAAUCAGUCACCACAUCAGAAUGGAGCAAGUCAAAUUUCCACAAAUCCCGAUCUCUGCUGUAAUGAGAUGGGAGAGAUCAAGGCACUAGCCUUUGCAAUCGCCAAUAACAUGGAGGGAACAAUCCCACCUGAGAUAUCUUUUCUUGGCAAGAGCUUGCAACAUUUGAUACUGAGUCGGCAACAGCAACUUAGGGGGUCUAUACCAACAGAGCUUGGAGAGCUGACACAAUUGACUGAGCUGGAAUUGGGAGCAACAGGCAUUUCUGGCACAAUUCCGAGAGAGCUCGGUCUUCUGAUGAAUCUUGGGCAACUCAGCCUCAGCGGAAACAAUUUAUUGGGGUCUCUUCCUUCUGAGCUUGGCAAGUUGUACAACCUGACAAUUUUCAGAUUGUCCGAGGCAGAGCUAACAGGGUCCCUUCCUACCGAAUUCUACCAAUGGCACAAGCUAGAAAUCCUAGACGUGUUUGAAUGUCCUAAACUGAACACGGAGUUUGUUCUUUCCGAAAUUGCAGAGAAUUUUCAACAGCUGCGAUUAAUUACGCUCGUUCAAAGAGCAAGCGGGGACAAGAUGCCAAUUCCAUCUCAUCUUGGCAAAUUGCCUAACCUAACUUUUCUGUCUUUGAACCGCUGGAAUAUCUCUGGCACAAUACCAAGCACCUUUGUGGAUUUGGUAUUGCUGCAUACGCUGGACCUGGAAAAUAAUACCAUAUCUGGGACUUUUCCACAGCUGUUGUUCAAGUUGACAAAUAUGGUUCAUUUAUUUCUUGGUUCCAACAAUCUAGAGGGCAAGCUCCCAUUGAGCCUCUUUUCACAUCUCACACAGUUGCGACAGUUGUCCCUCCGGGACAAUCAGUUCUCUGGCACAGUCCCAACCGAAGUUGGCCUGCUGUCAAGCCUGAAGAAGCUGGAAAUUCAGAAUACUAACCUUUCGGGCACACUUCCUACAGAACUGCUUCAGUUGGAAAACUUGACAAGCUUGGUAGUGACAAACACAUCAUUAUGGGGUAGCAUUCCUGAAAAACUGUGUGGCAAAAUGCACCAGCAAACAAUGUCGGGGAUCUUUGGUGGAGUGUGGGUUCAGCAAAAGAGUGAAACUCCAGUAUGCCAGGGAACUCUGCUCUGUGGAUGUGACUGUGAUCCAUGUCCUGCAGACUAA